AUGAUAUACGACGAAGUAGCCAUUUCUAUAGAUAAUAAAGAAACCAUCAAUUUCGGUGCUGACGCACCAUUAAAAUUAAAAUUCCAGUAUCAAAAAGGCACUCUCAUAGAAUUAGAUCCAAAUCCUUCAAUUUAUUGAAGCGUUGCAAAAAGCAAUAGACAGUUGUCUGAAAGUAAAGAUUAUAGCACCUCAAGUGUUGAGUUUACUUAUUUAUUUUCUAAAUGUGGUGAAUAUGUUGUGACUGCAAACGUACAAUUCAAUCGUGCCACUUAUACUCGCUCUGCUAGUGUAAAAGUUGUUGCUACUCCGCCGUCUCCUAAUCUGAUGGUUUUAGGUGUAAACACGACGGUAUAUUCUAACUCUAUAUAUUACUGUUAA